GGAGCAGCAGUGGAGUCCAAAAAAAACUUAAUGUUGACAGAAUUUCUAAAACUUCUCCGUUGGUAAAACUUGCUUUCGACCUCGACUAUAUCGGUGGGGAGACGAAUCACAGCCUGGAGCAUUUUAUCAUUCAUGUCUUCACAGUCUACGAGGCUUGGAAGAGCUUGCGUAACCGUUAUUAUUCGCCAUAUUUUGCCUUCUUCCAAUCGAGCGGUAGUGGAAAAUCAAAACUCUUUAAUAGUUUAACCGAUUCAUAUUGGGUCUCUUAUGUCAGCUUCGCAACAGAGAAAGCGUAUCCGCAGACUCCCGUUCUAAAACAAAGCCUUUUAUCGAGAGAAGGCAAAGAGUUAGACUUAUCAUAUUACUUCUCUUAUUUUUGUGCCGUGCUUCAGUCGUGGAACCAAGCACAGAAAAGAAAUGCAAAAGGCCAUCAAUCAUGGUCGAAAAAAUGGUUUAACGAUGAGAAAGUUAUCGACGAAACUAUUAUAGAAAAACACAUGAGCCAGGUUGCAGAAUUUGGCAAGGAAAAGGAGUUCGAAAAAUAUGCCAGAGAGCUCUUAGAUAAAAUGAUAGACGAAACACGAUUUCCAUUAAUUAUAGUCUUUGAUGAAGCUCGGGCGAUGGUUGCAACAGGUGAUUUCGAGUCCGUUCGUCGAGCCCUCCGCUAUUUUACAAAGGGUGUCGUGGCAGUAUUUGCCGAUACCAUGUCGAGUUUGUGUAAUUUUUCUCCAUCGCCAGAAGCAGACCCAUCUUUCCGACCUCGUACAUACAUGGAGCUUUUCCCUCCUUUUUAUCAGUUGUGCACCUUCGAUUUGUUUGCCCGCCAAAAAAACUACCGAGACUGUGAGAUAUGGGAAUACGGGCGGGUUAUGUGGGCGGCUUUCAAGUCAUGUGGUAUGACUGAGGGGGAUCUUGUUGCUUUUGCUCAGUCAAAAUUACUAGGCGGUCACGAACGGGUAGAAACACCGAUAACAAUGACAACGCAAGUGGCAAUAGCAAUACUUUCAUCAUUUGCGAGCAUUGAAAUUACACCCUCUUCUUCCUUAUCAAAACAAGUUGUUGCUGGUAAUAUGGCGAUGUGUCUUCACGUAUCCCAUGACCGAUCUAGCAUAAUAGCACGAUACCCGUCAGAUCCUGUGCUAGCCGAGGCAGCGGCAAAAUUGGUACAAGAUACAUUCAAUCACGAAAAACGUAUGCAAAUGCUGAGAUUUUUAGCGAACAGUCUUACUAACGGUUUAGUAGAACGAGGGAAGAGGGGCGAGCUGAUUGGUUCGUUGAUAAUCGGAUUGGCGAUGCAAAAAUGCCAAAAGGCUAGCUUUCAGAAAAUGAUGCCUUUCCGAUAUUCUCAAGCAGUUUCUUUACAGGCUUUUUUGAAUGUGUUCAUUGAUAUCGAUGAGGAAAGUUUGGAUACUAGACUCGAAAAUGUCUAUGCGAAGUUCUCACAUGCAUGGAAAAUCAGCGGAGGAACAAGCCAACAGCUAUCCAAGGCGUUAUUGAAGACUGGAUGGGAUCGAGGUUGUUACUUUCUAUGCGAAGAAAACCAGGAAGCCGUUGAUGUCGUCAUCCCAACAUCGCGCAAUGCAAACAGUUACGAUGAUGGUCCGCCUUUGCUCAUCCAAAUCAAAAAUCGAUCUGGGAGAGGUGCAAUCAGAGAUGCGUUUUUAAAGCUCGGUUCUGCAAAACUCGACGCAAUCAAGCCCGAGUCGGAUAAU